UUUUCCUCAUUCCUGAAACCUCCUAACCUGGUUGACUCGUUGGAGUGCAUUUCAUGCAUUCUUAGCAGAUAGGCUGAAGGAAACGCCUCAUUCAGUGCAGCUGGAGGCUAGAAAGUGUGGGGAGUUCAUGAACGUCUUCUGCAGUCGCUGCGGUGCACACAGAGCUGGCCGGGCCCAGGAAGGAUCCCGACCUGCUGGACACAACAUGAGUGUCCCUCAUCUGGAAAAUCUGACUGACAGUGAGUUAAGGUAGGACAAUUCACUGACUUCCUCAAAUGUUCCCUUAAUUAUUCCCUUAUUUGACGGGGAAUGCCUGCUUGUUAAAUUGUGGUUUAAUACUUGAGAAGUGGGAGUUUUUUGUUUUCAAAACUGUUUUGAGCUACAUGAAAUCAAGAAUGAAGUGCUCCCUGUCAGAUGCUCCAGUGCUGCUAAAUUAGUGCUGCUGGCAAGUGUGGGGAAUGUGGAAAAUAUUGUAAAGUAUUAGGUCUUGUGGUGAGCUGUCAACAGCCACCACUCUUAAGCCUGUGUUGACCUUAGGUCCUUGUCCAGUUGAAGGAGAAAUAACUUGCACUAUUUUGCCCUUAUUAACCCAUUCUAAGAGUAGUGAGAUAUGAGCUGAGUCCCUUUGAUCCUGAGUUCCACUUCUACUCUAUUUUGGCCAAUGGUUUGUGUCAGUCACAAGUUAGAAGGAUUUCUGCCAUUUGCAGACCUUGUGCUGGGUGAUGGAAUAAUAGGAAGUUCAGGUAGUGAAGACUAUAGUGCUGCAAAUUCAGGUCCUGGCUCCCGGGACGUUAGAAUCCUUAUGCCCAUACAAUCACUGAGAGGACUGAGAUGUAACCUAUGUAUACCUAGCCUUCCUUUGCCUACUUGUUGGAAAGUGCAAGAGGUUUUUAAGGGAAACACUGGGGAAAAAAAGAGAUAAAUGACCUUUUUGCCUUUAAAAUACUUUAUUUUUCCAGCAUUUUAACUGGUCACAAUCACACAAGCUGUUGCACACAAAUAAAUGAUGCUAAAGGAGCCCAGAAUAAAUGUCAGGAGCUAGUUAAGCAUGUUAAUAAAGUGGUACAAAGACAUAAUGGCUUGUACUGAGUGAAGAAUGGGAAAAAUGAUCCUCUGGGCCAGCAAUAAUGGUUUGUAAAUUGUAUGUUGAUGUGUAGUGCUGGUGCAGAGUAGGAAAAGCUGCUUUGCUUAUUGCUGUCAAGAUGACUUCUUGUCCUUUCUCAGGCCAUCUGUUUGCUCACGUCUUUGCCAAUUCUUGGACUGGAAUUUUCAAUGGCAAGUGUUGGCCCCUGGCUGAGCAAUCGUAAAGUUCCUUAACCCAAAUUGCAGGAUGCUUUCUAAAACAAGACUGGGAAAAAACAGCAUCUCUUCCUGUGCUCAAAGUCCUUCCAGUUGUGUGGCUGGGUUGUGCUAGUUCCUGCUUCCCCUCAUGGGCCUUGGAAAGGUGCCUGUAAAUAGGGAGGAAGUGUUUCUUAAAGUUUUCUAUGUCUGGGAAAGCUGGGUCAGUUUUAAAGUUGUGAAACAUUGUCUUCUGAAUCAGUGAUCUUGCACUCCUGCUCCCACUGCUGUGUUUAGGUGAAUCUAGGAGGAUGGGGUAAAGCAAUAGAAAUUUUAAAAUAAGGACUAAGGAGCUCCUGAGUUUGGACAUGAGUUAGCGGUUGGUGACAGGAGAUUAGGCCUGGCUGAGCAAGUGACCAUGAGUUAGGGAGAAUUGAACAGAGCACAUGGUGGUGGGAGAUGGAGAUAAACAAGCAAAACUAAAUAUGGAAGCAAAUGAUAAACAAGGACAAGAAGUUUUUAGGUGAAGGCUUAAGCAUCAGAAUGGGGAUAGAUUAUGGCUUGACAACCUUAAUCCUCAUGUUUCCUAAUACCUUCUGAAUACUUGUCUUGCAGCCUGAGCAGUUUUUUUCAUGUGCAAGAAAAUUCUGAGAAACCAUUUGAAGGCAGACUUCGCAGGCACUUCAGGGUAUCCUUUGAGACGCAGAUGAGUGUGGUGUUUAUUGGGAAGCUUCUGAGGAUUAGGGGAUGUAUGACUAGGAAAGAAAUCAGAUGAAUGUGUUGAACUGGGUUAAGCAGUGGUGUGUAUUACAGAGUUAGUUGGAUGGAAACACAUAUCUAAUGAUUCAUGAGGUUUUAUGCAGUACGGCUGGCUAUUGGCUAAAGGUUGCCCUGAUCUCUGAAAAAUAACAGCCUUCCUUUUGCUACCUAAAUCAAUUACACUAUGCAGUGUCACGACCUGACAAUGAGACUGGAAAAUGGAAUAGAAACAACAGGCACUUCACUGCAUUUGUAGCCUGAGUCUUGCUAAAUAUGAUUUUGAUUAGAGAAGGACUUGUGAGCUCUGGCUGGGAAGUUGCUCCCAGAAAUUGUAAAAAUGCAUUACAAUUAUACUUCUCCAGGGCAAGUAGUGACAUUCCUUGUCCUACUCUUACCAUACCUGUCAGCAGAGAUGUUUAAAGAGAAUAAAGGGAGCCUCUGUUGACUUCCUGCAAACUAUUUUAGUGGCAUUCCUGCCUUAAACCUGUUGUCUUACCUUAAAUUCUGGAUUGUCAACCUUACAUUCUGGUUGACCCACAGUGUGUGUUUUAGCAGUCUUGCUCCAAAAUUUUAAGCAGCUGGCAGAACCACCAUGUUCCUAGGUAAAUUGUUUUAAACAAGAUAAGGUUAUUUGUUUUGUUGUCAUUUUGUGGUGGUUUUUUACUUGAAUUAGCCAGGAUUUGAAUUUCCAAUUAUUUAAUCAUAAUGUUGUUUUUCAACAGGUGAAGCAACUAAUUGCUCUUAGAAGUCUUUUUGUUUUGGAGAUCUGUGCUGAGAGUGAUUAAGGGACUGUUGGUCAUUGAAAAUGGAAGAAACAAGGAAGCUUUCCCCAAAGCUGAGUAAAAGCAAAGAGCCUGUGAAAACAGAAUGGGGAUCUCAGAGUGUGGUGUUCACCUAUUUCCAAGGGGACAUUAACAGCAUGGUAGAUGAACAUUUUUCUAGAGCUCUCAGCAAUGUCAAGAACCCCCAAGACCUGAGCACAAAGCACAGGGGUGAGACUGUUGUCCUGAAAAACGACAACAUGUCUCCCCAUCAGUGGAAUUUCUCUUCGCAUUGCUACAAACCAUAUCCAUCAUCAUCUUCAACAAGCAUGGCAACUUCUGCUCUGAAUUUUUCUGCUGCUGGUGCAGUAGGCCAGUGCCAGCCAUCGCCUCUGCGGAGUCGUCCAGCUCAACCUGCAGAUUUAUGGCCCUUCCCUCCAACUGGGACUCCCAGUGUCACUGGUGCAGGGUAUCCUCACACCCUCCCUGACCUGCAUGCAGCCGAUGAGCUGAUCUCUGACAGGAAAUACAGUUCUCUUCUUGGCCUUCUGCAACAGGAAAGGUGCUUAACAUCCAUGCAAGAGUGCACCAUGAAGCAACACUCAAAUUCUGCUUGUAUGACUGGACCUGCAAGGUUACAAAAUAUGAGUCAAAGUUCAGCUCCUGGGGGAGAGAGGAAAGGAAGCUCUUACCAAGGCUCAGAAAAUCCCAGUGUAAGCCAUGCCACUGCAGGUAUUCAGAUUCAUGACAGAAGACGAGAUUUGUACUUCUAGCAACUGAAUGUUUCUACUUUAUUCUGAAAGAGAAAGUUAUUUCUGUGAACUUUUAUUAUUUGUAACUGUGAAUCAAGAAGAAAUGAACUGCAGCUAUCCUGUGUUUUUUCUCUCAGCUGGAAGAAUACAUGUACUAUUUACUGUUUGGGGAAUGACAAAAUAAUCCUUUUCUAUACAGUAAUUUCUAUGCAAUGAUUUCUAAUGUUUGAGGUAUUAACCUGGGCAGUAUGUUUGUUAUGGCCAUAUAUUGUCUAUUUAAGACCUUUCAUGUAGUCCUCUUGAAAGGACUCCUGCCCUUUUUAAUCUUUCUAUGUUUAUUAAUUUACCACUCCUGAUAAGAAGAGCAAUUCUUAUCAAUGCAGUUGAUAACUCAUAAAUGCAGGGAUGCAGUUAACAUAAUUUCAAUGCUGGACCUUCUCAGCUUGAUUUGAUAUCUCCAUAUUGUUUAAAACAGUCUUAGGCCACUGGCAAGAGACUUCAACCACAGGCUAGCAAAGCACAUUAUUUAUGCUGCGAAAGUGCUGCAAUUUAUGACCAUAUUUGCAAUUCCUAGGGAUACUCUUCAGAAGUAUAUAAUAUACUUAUGCCUGAAGGCUCUGUUUUGUCCUCUCACUAAUGUACCAUCAUCCUCUAGAAAGCAGUGAAUUCAUAGGAGCUCUGAGAGGAAACCUUGGUUCUCAUUGGGUGCAAUUAAAAUACCAUUCAGCAAAAAUCUGCGGGUUAGGAGUGUUCUAUUUUCCCAGCCUCUCUGCAGAUGUAAGAGAUUCCUUUUGUAAAUAAGCUCUGUGGGUUUAUCUUUUCCUUCUCCGUUGGUUAUACAUUAACAUAAUAUAAUAGAGCAUGAUUAGCUUUUUCUGACAGCUCUAUGUAGUUCCUGAAGGCAAUUUGACCUUUGAGAUGGAAGAGCCUGUGAUUUUUAUAGGACAAAUCCUGAACUGGUAUAAAUGUUUAUGACUGUUAUAUCACAUAUCUCUGCUGCUACAG